AUGGGCCAGAUGCCGCCGCUGCUCAUGCCCAAGCGGGAGGUGACCCGCUUCCUGGAGCGGAUCGGCGAGCACGAAAAGGCGCUCUCGCUCCGCGCGGCCAAGCAGGAGGCUGCGGCGGCGCAGAGCGAGCUCGAGAGGAGCGACAAGCCGGACGCGUCGCUGAUCCUCGCGCCGGGCAGCAAGCGGCGCGCGGCGCUCGACGUCGAGUGGGAGGCGCGCGACGAGGCGCUCGACGAGUGGCUCGAAGGCAUGUCGGACGACGACGAGUCCCGGGACGCCAUACGAGCGGAGGCUGCGCGGCUGGAGGCGCUCGGGGCGGGCGCCGCCGGAGGGGUGCUCGGCGACGACGACGAGGAGGAGGACGAGGACUACGCGGAGGACGCGCUGCCCGACCUCAAGGGCGUCGGCAAAAAGACGCUGCGGGCGGCGAGGGGCGCGCUCGGGGCGCGGUGGCGCUGGGCUUCGGUGGACGAGCUCGGCGGGCUCUCCGGCGUGAGCGCAUUGCAGGCGCUCCCCGAAGCGAUCCCCGCAGCGAUCGUGGCGGCGGCGUGGCACGUCACUGUCUUGCGCGACUCGCCCGCGCCGAGCGAGACGCCGCCGGUGCUCGCCUCCGCCGCGGCGCCGCCCAAGAAGAAGAGGCAGCGCGUCAAGACGGGCGGCCAGGCUGCCGCGCGGAAGCGGCAGCGCGCCGCCGGCGCGGGUGGGCCGAGCAGCGCUGCGAGCGUCGAGGAGGCAAGCGACGACGAGGAGGAGCCUCCGCUGCCGGUGGUGCACGCGACCUUUGCAGCUGCCGCGGAGGGCACGCCGGCGGUCUCCACCGCGGCCAGCCCUCUCACGGCGCCAUGA